AUGGCUGAAUUCAGUAGCUGGUUCUCACACGAAACCUCCGAUGAUAUACCCACGGACGAUACUGGACUACUAUCGAGCAACAGCCUACACACGGAUAAGAUCAUUCAUAGUCACGCCGCCGAGCACACCUCCACGCGCGGAGGCGGGGAGAGUGGAGUACCGAUCGCCGUCAAGAGCGAGCACGACGACGAGGUGGUUUUGGCAAUGGCAGCAUCAGCCGCCGUGGGUGAGGGAAUCCACGCCUCUGUAAAGGACGGACUAGACGUGAAGGCAGACCUAAGCGCCAAUCCGGACAAAGGGGUCAAAUCUCUUCCAAGCAAAGAGGUGGCCAUCCCAAGCAGUCCGAACGAGCCUGCCGCCGAACUGAGUAACGACCAGGAGAACGAUCCUGACGGGGAAUGGCGGCUCGAACAAGUCUACCUUAACGAGAUUUUGAAGGCUCGCAACGAAUACUCUCUCAUGCCCUCAACCUGGAGGAUGCACUUCCGGGGAAUCCCUCUGCCAGAAGGCCUGUUCUAUACCAAAACUCAAGCAGUGAGUCACCGGCCGAGGAUAUACGCUCAUUCGGAACAAUUUGAUUACCGAGGCGCCAUGAUGCUCCGUAGAUUGAUCGAUCUUCAUGGAAGGGUCCGCGACUUGCGGAAGGCGGAGAGGACGAAUCCCGAAUCAGGACGUCGAAUUGUCAAUCUUGUCAGAGAGUCGGUUCGGAAGGUGCUGCACUGGGCCGAGCUCGAUGGAAACAUUGCUAAGUAUAGCAGCCAGCUCGUGGCCAACGUCCAGAUCUUAGAGAUGAGGGAUGCGGACAGGUUAGACAUGGAUUUGCACAUCCAAAGUGAAAUGGCCGAGCUGGCUGUGCAAUGGCGAGAGAUCAUGGACCAGGUUCCGGAAGAGAACAGGCCCCCGGCGCCAGUGCUGUUUGGCUUUGUCAUAUUCAAGCAUAUCCUGUUCAUCGUGACGUUGGACGCGGACAAGCCGGACGCCGCCUGCCACAUCCCAUGCCAGCUGAACCUUUCCGAGAAGAACCAGCACCAAUGGAACGCCCUGGCUAUCAUGAUCACCGUUUGUUGGGCGCGAGACUUAUUCGCGGAUGUGGCAAAGCGAAUACCUAAUCUCGACCUGGAGGCACUGGAAGAAGGGCAGUCAAGUGACCCGGAUGCUUAGGCAAUGGUUUCACUGGUGGGGACGAACCCGAUGCAGAAUGAGGGCGGACAUUGCAUUCUUGUCGGACGUGUUAUGUUUCUGUUGGGGUUGAUCAGCUAGCUACAUGGGAAGGACGAAGAGAUAUACCAACGUUCGCCAAAAAGUGUGGUUGCGUACCUAUAUACGGGCCGUCAACUCCAUACCUAUCGGAACAAAACGAACGUGCCGCCAUUUCUAUCCAAAUACAUUCCCGAAGACGUCCCCGGGUCAACCUGUUUCGGGACACUGUGGAAUCUGUAGACUUUAAUUCUACCUUAGGAGGUACCUAGGCACAUGAGGUUAGGACGUCAACGUUAGGGGGUAGGCAGCGAAUGUAUUGCUCUCGUUAGAUGCACAGUACAUGAUAAACA